UAUUACCCAGCAGUUUUUCUAACUUUUUAAUGCGUAUGAUCAUUCUUCUUUUCCGAUUGCUAGAACUAUGUAUACAAUAACAACUUUCUAUCAACUGUUGAAUUCUGACAAUAAAGAGCAGGUUUGCCGUUCGCCUCUUCGCUAACUAAUUUAACCAAUUCAUGAUUAAUUCCAAUGGAAACCAAACAUCCCAAUUGGUGACAGAUCGGUCGAUAGGUAGCGUUAAUACUGACAAACCAUGUGGUGACAAGCACGUGCUAACUGCUAGGAGUAGAGUAGUGCAACAUGUUGCCGACGAAUUGUUGAUUUUGUUAUCUAUAUCUGGAAUAAUUAAUCAGUUACUUUGACUGACUACUGAGGAAUCAUGUCGACAUGUAGAAUUCACAAUUUCAAGCUGUACAAUAUUGAGCCAAAGGCCAUUAUCUGCUUGUCCUAUGAGCGGAAGAGCGCUCGCCUUGUCCUUUGCAGAAAUGACAACUCAAUCGAGAUAUGGAAUGUACAAGAGGCACCGUUUCUCGAAAGGACGAUAGUUGCACACCCAGAGAGUUCUGUGGAGUCUGUACUAUGGGUGAACGAGCGAUUAUUUUCUACUGGGCUUGUAGGAAUGGUGAUAGAGUAUGACUUGGGAAGUUUGGUGCCAAAAUAUGAAGUUCCUGUGACUGGCGGAGCGGCAUGGUGUAUGGAUGUGAAUAAAUCAAAGACCUAUAUAGCAGUUGGUACAGAAGAUGGUUACAUAAAUACCUUUAGCAUCUCAGACGAUUAUCUGAUAUAUGACAAAAUUUUUGAUAAACAAGAAGGGCGAAUAUUAUGCAUACGAUGGGACAUCACUGAGCAGAUGAUAUUCACUGGAUCAAUUGACACAAUUCGUGUUUGGAAUGCUAUUUCAGGACACGCCGUUCACAGAAUGACUACAUCUAGAAAAGUGACAAGCAAAGAAACAAUAGUCUGGUGUUUAGCAGUGACCGAUGAGAACAUUGUUGUAUCUGGAGAUUCAAGAGGGAUUCUCUCUUUUUGGGACCCUGCAAUGGGGACCUUGAUUGAAUCCCAUGAAAGCCAUGAAGCUGAUAUUCUUGCAGUUAGUAUGAGUGAUGACAUGAAUACUGUAUAUUGUUCUGGAGUUGACCCCACAAUUUGCAGCUACUCAAAAAUCACAGUCAAGUUUAACUGUAAGUGGGUGAAAGGUAUAGAAAGGAGAUUGCACGAGCACGAUGUUAGAGCACUGGUAGAAGCUAAUGGCAAGUUAUACUCUGCAGGAGUCGAUGGACAUUUGGUAAUGUCAUCUUAUCCGCCAAAAACCGUUGUCAAAUAUCCACCUUUUCUGCAGUUCCCUUGUGUACUAGUGAGCAGGAGAUCCAAAUGCAUACUUUUAAGAUAUCGCAAUUACCUCGAACUGUGGAAACUGGGGUCAGUCAAUAAGAAAACGCAGACGAACUGUCGUCCAGGAACAAUACACCAGCUCCAUGAAGAGCCAGUCAGUUUGCUGCAAUUGAAAACUAAAGCUAGUGACAGUAUCAUUUCUUAUGCUGUUACUAGCGAUUCCAGAAUUAUAGCUUACUCGACAAAUUCUUGUAUCAAGAUAUUUGGUUUUCAAAUCAAAGACAAUGAACCUAUCCUCACCAGAUAUGAGGUAGCUCUGCCUCUGCAGAAAGCACAUAAAAUGUUAUUCAGUCCAGAUGAUUCACGUCUUGUGCUUGUGGAUGGUAACAAAACGGAAGACGAUACAAUGAGGAUUAUAUUUAUGAAGAAUGAGAAUGGAAAUUUGAGUUAUGAAGGAGUCAUAUCAGUUGAAAAAGAACUCGUUGAUAAUGUCAACUUGAUCUGCUACUCCCCAAAUGGCAAAUAUCUGGUAUGCGCUGACUACAGAGGAAAUAUUGUUGUAUAUAGCAUUGACAAGAAUCUGGAGAAAACUAAAAUGAUAGUACUACCGAAAUAUCAUUGUCCUCCAACUGCUAUUGCUGUACAAGAAAAAACUUUGAAUGUCGUUAUCGUAUAUUGUGAUCAUAAGAUCGUCGAAUAUGAUAUAGUGAAAAGGAGAUACACCCCAUUCUCAUUGAACUUGGAAGAACGCUUACCAAAGCAGUGGCUAUCACGCGCCAUUCCUGUCAGUCACGUAACGUUUGACCCAAGAAAUGAAAAUAUUAUCAUAAUGCAUGACAACACUGUUAUUUGUGUCAUUGAUAAGAGAAAGACAUUGCCCACGGCGGAAACCAAAAUACCAAAGUUGGAAAGUGGGGACUCUUUGGAAAACAGUUACCCAGAAAUGCAUUAUUCAUCCCAAGAGGGAUUCCACAUUAUUAAAAAGUACAAGAAUUUGCUACUCUUGGACUGGCUGGUUGAUGAUGAAAUGGUAGCAGUAGAGGUAAACCCAGUUGCACUGGUGGAAAAACUACCACCAUCGCUCAAACGGAAGCGAUUUGGAAUGUAAUAUUUUUAUUAAAUGAAAUUCCAGAAAUUCCUGUAAACAUUUAAGAAUCACAAUAAAAAUGAAAUCAAGUGAAA